UUCAAUUUCAGCGUUACUUACUACUUACUAGUCUUGUAAGAAAAAAAAAAAGUUAUGGCUUUCUCAGCAAACCAAACCUACGCAACCGGACCGAAAUUCGCCGAAAACUUUCCCAAAAAGACGAUUUCGACCCUCCUAAAACCCCACAAUUUCCCAACCUUAAACCCUUGCAAGAAAAAUUACCUACUACCCCAACACAAGCCGUUGUACAUUUCUUCCGCCACCGGAUUCGGGCCGGCCCGAACCCGUGACCCGUUUUCGAUGCGGUGCAACGCCUACGAAGCGGGUCGGUCGCAGCCCGUUGUCCCGAUCAGCAUCGGGUUCGACCGGGAGGAAGCUGCGCAGAAGGCGAAGAUCGGGGUUUACUUCGCCACGUGGUGGGCUUUGAAUGUGGUGUUCAAUAUAUAUAACAAGAAAGUUUUGAAUGCGUUUCCUUUCCCUUGGCUCACUUCGACCCUCUCGCUUGCCGCGGGCUCACUUAUUAUGCUCGUUUCUUGGGCGACGAAUAUUGCUCAGCCGCCCGAAACCGAUUUGCAGUUCUGGAAAAAUCUUCUUCCCGUUGCCGUAGCGCACACCAUCGGGCAUGUGGCGGCUACAGUCAGCAUGUCGAAGGUUGCCGUUUCAUUCACGCACAUCAUCAAGAGCGGCGAACCGGCAUUCACCGUAUUAGUGUCCAGAUUCCUAAUGGGAGAAACUUUUCCAUUGUCGGUUUAUCUUUCGUUGUUGCCUAUAAUCGGAGGUUGCGCUCUUUCCGCAGCCACCGAGCUCAAUUUCAACCUCACCGGUUUUAUGGGGGCAAUGGUGUCAAACUUGGCAUUUGUAUUUAGGAAUAUAUUUUCAAAGAGAGGAAUGAUGAAAGGGAAAUCAGUUGGAGGGAUGAAUUACUAUGCUUGUCUCUCAAUGUUGUCUCUAUUGAUAGUUACACCAUUUGCUAUAGCUGUGGAGGGUCCCCAGUUGUGGGCUGUUGGUUGGCAAAAUGCUCUCUCUCAAAUUGGACCAAAUUUCAUAUGGUGGGUGGUGGCGCAGAGUGUAUUUUACCACUUAUACAAUCAAGUAUCAUAUAUGUCACUAAAUGAGAUAUCACCAUUGACAUUUAGCAUUGGAAAUACAAUGAAGAGAAUAUCUGUAAUAGUUGUAUCUAUUAUCAUCUUUCAAACUCCUCUUCAACCAAUCAAUGCUCUUGGUGCUGCCAUUGCUAUUUCUGGAACCUUCCUUUAUUCUCAGGCUAAGCAGUAAUUCAAGGAUUCGUGAUGCAAAUCAGUAAUGGUUUUUGAGAGGGACAAAAGCCAUAAUCAGAAAUUCAGACAUUUAGACAAUUAAUAUUAAUAUUACUAUUAAUAUUAAUAUUAAUAUUAUUAUAUAUAUAGCCUAACAUUUCUACCUCUUCAAAUUCGGAUGAUGGUGCGUCAUCUAUCAAUUUUGCUGGUUGAAUCGAUCGAAUUGUUCGUCGACGGAUCAUUACUAUAAUUAAACGGAUGCAUUAUUACAAUAAUAUAGAGGCAAUUUUGCACUAAUGUACAUCAUAUGAAUUGUUGUUAUAAGAAUUAAUGAAUAAUAAUUAUUUAUUACAUA